AUGGGUCUCGCUCGCCUCCUGGCAGACCGUGCGCGCAUGGUCACCACUCGACCGGACCUGUCCUUUGUGUUGGACGGCAACAAAGGCUGGUACGCUCUGUGGCCCAAGAAGGCCCUCGACAAGUUCCGUCACAUCGGUUGCCCCCGAACCUGCACCAAGUCCCUGUGGAAAGCACAGUCCGACAUUGUGGCGUAA